AUGGAUAAAGUGGAUCCAGAGAACUGCACAAAGCCGUCCAAGUUUGCAGCUAUAAGGACAAAGUGGAACAAAUACGCCAAUAACGCAACUCUACAUGGUCUGUCACAUAUUGUCUCCAGCAGAACGGUUCUGCGACGAGUCUUAUGGUGUAUAUUUCUUUUAACGGGAAUUGGGUACGUGUCUUAUCAAUGGACGUGGCUUGUCAGGAAAUAUCUUAGCUACCCAGUGAACUCAAAAGUAACCGUGGAAUUCGAGUCAACCCUUGAAUUUCCAGCCAUAACAAUCUGCAACUUUAACAUGCUGAGACAGUCAUUCGUCGAUCAAGAGAAUUUAGGAAAUGUUGGCAAGUACGUGUUAAAUAACAAACUUCCCUGGUGGGAAGAAAAGACAGGCGAAAUCGAUUGGAAACGCUUUGAAAAUGUCAGCACUUCGGCUACUUAUUCCAUGGCAGGACAUCAAAUUAAGGAUAUGGUUAUGGAAUGCUACUGGAUUGGUGAAAUGUGUAGCUUUCGCAAUUUUACACCUGUUUUGACCUCUAUGGGGCUUUGCCACACGUUUAAUUCAGGUCAGUAUGUUUGGUUUUGAAAACGCAGGUCGUAUUUAAAUAAUUGUAGUUUACACGUGAAUGUAAAGGCAGCAUAUAUUUUAAAGAAAGGAAUCUGAUACACGAAAAAAGAUUGUUAUUGUUUCCGAAAAUCUAGCUAAGCUUACGUUGCGCCAAAAUAACAUUUUAUCCUCUUAAAGACAAAAUUAAAAAAAAUUUGUUUUUUCUAUUUUAAUGAAAACUUAUCCAACACAAUGUUUUAGAGGAAACAAAUAUCGCGUUUCCACUCUUUAAAUUACCGCGGUUUUUUAUACCCACACGAUACCACUUGGUGCUUGUAUUCACCUUACAGUUGUGCAAAUAGUUGUUUUGGUUUGUUCACGUUGUUAAAAAGUUAAAGAUAGCACUCCUGUCAGUACCAUGGCUUCAGAGGUUCGCUCUAUAGGUAUCUUGGUUUGAAAGAGCUUUUGAGAAAGGAGUUAAAUUUGUUCCUCUUCUCGUUUUUGCUCAGUUAAGAAUCCCUUCCCCUCCCUCCCCAAACACCUGCACGAUGCUUUGUUGACGGACUCCAUAUAUUCAGCGAGGAUGUUAACGAGGGGUGUAUAAAGGCGGUUCUUUUUCGAACGGGAGGGGGUGCUUAUUUAAUAUUUUCACCAUAAGGUCGAUCUUAUUUAUUUCAAAGAAGAGCGCAUAUUUGAAAGGGGCCGCUCAUUUGAGCGUUACGGUAUUAAUUUUUACCUAGUUUUAUUAGCCUGCAAAAACAGCUGUUUUCCCUCCCUCCUCGACGCUGGGGACGUUGCGAGGAACGAGGAAAAACGGCUGUUUUCGCAGGCUAAGUUUUUAUAGUUUAAGUUUAGUCCGCAUAUUGCAAGUCCAGUCCAAGGCCCAGUUGUUCUUAGGGUUUCCUCUUCUUUUUUUCAAAAGUAUUUUCUAGCAUAAUUUUCACUGUUCUUCAAUAAUACAGCAUACAAUCAUCAAAUAACAGACAAAAAGAGUUAAAUUGUAUUUGCUUUUUAAGCUUUCAUAUCUGAAUUUAAAUUUCGCACUAACCCUUGUCGGUUAUUUAAUAAUCCAGCUUUGAACAACCCAGCCGAGUCCACUCUGCAAAAUGCCGCUGUCAUAUGGGCAUCCCCGCGUUUUGGGCAUCCCCAUUAUAUUGGCAUCCCCUAUAAAUCUAACGCUCACCCUAACCUAAAUCCCUAGGGUAAUAUGAGAAGGGUAUGCUCAUGUCACUGGGGUUUUGGGAAUGAAGAAGCCCAAAAAGCCAAAUAUUACCAUUAAUAUUGGCGUUAAUAUUAGUCUGUAACACCGUCAGACAAAUUUAAUAAUAAAUUAUCCUUGAAACAUAUAAUCUCAGCCCACCUGCGAUACACUAGUUCCAAUUAACAUCACAGCAGGAUUCACCACAAAAACGUAUGAGGGACGGUUUAAAAGCUUUAAUGUUGACUUGCCGGUAAGAUUUGAAGCUCCUUCGAUCACAAAGCAUAUAAUACUUCAUGUGGAAAGAUUCAUUUUCUACGGCAAUCGUCUUCUUAAAAUUUUAAACCAGGUUUAUCAAUCACACUGCGAGGACAAAAACUAGAUAAAAACCUGUGCUUUGUCGGAAGGAUUCUCUUUUAAUUUUUUUUUUGCCAAAAAUUAGCAAAACGACGCUCCGCUUACAUACAAAUUAAUUAAAGACCCCAUAGCAAUCAGGUAAUGACAUAGAAUAAAUUGUAAGCGGAAUUUAUCUCCUAAAAUUAAAAAAAAAGUGAAAGAAGAAUAUGUACAUCCUAGCACAACAGCCAACCUCUUUUGAAAACGGGAGGGGAGGCCUGGUUGUUCUGCAACGGUUUUAAACCUUAAAACUCUUACAAGAGGCUCGCAAGGUAGACUAGAACUUCUUAAACGGGCAAUCCCUUUUCUGGCCGAAGAGGUAGGGUAUGUGCCUCUCAAGGAGAUAUAAUUUUCCGAAGAUUAAUGGGGUGAACAAAGAGAACAGGAUUUCUCUAUUUAGCGUCUUGAGUAGGGUGUUUUUCUGGACUGGAAGCCUGAAACAUGGCGGUGAGCAGUCUAAAUGCGUAGUACCGACAAUUUUUGCGCCGUGCUUCUGGAAAACCGCGGCGCGAGUUUAGACUAAUCACCAGCCUUUUUCUUCAUCAUCAGGUCAAGACGGAAGUCAAAUCUUAAAGGUAAACAAGGCUGGCGCAGAUUCUGGUCUGCGCGUCAUGUUAAACAUAGAACAUGAUGAUUAUUUUAGUCUGCACGCAAGACAAGCUGGUCUUAAGGUUCUUAUUCAUCACCACGAGACCCCGCCCAUAGUCGAUCAACUUGGUUUUGCAGUGGGACCUGGUGCGAGUACUUUUGCAGCCAUCAAGAAAGAAAAGGUAAGGAAUAGACCUUUUUAG